GACCAUCCGAUCCGACUUUAAAGCCAUACUACCCUCUGGAUGGUUGCCACGUCACUCUCCUUUAGCUAUUUUGAUGAUAGUCCCAAAGCUGCGACGGCGAUUAAUAGAUCGAUGAAAUAACGACCAUCUCAGAAACUCUGGUGGUCGCUUUUUUUUUUGUCUCCGAGUAUGGAGAAAAGGAAAGGGAAGCGAAUCAGACGAGGAGAUUCCGACGAGUUAUUCGAAGAUGGGAGAUCUCAAAACGCGCGUAAGGCGAGGGAGAAAGAGAAUGAUGUUGUGAGCAGAGGACGAAUCGGAAGAGGAAGAGGAAGAAGAAAAUUUGAUGGCGGAGAGGUUUCGAAGCGAUCUAUUGAAAUCGACAUGUCUAAUCCCGAGAAGGAUAUUAAGUCUGAGGGAAGCAGAAAGUAUGUGGGUUUGACGUGUCAUCAUUGUAAGAACUUGACGAGUGAGAGUGAUCUUAUCUUCUGUUCAAAAUGUAACAAGAAGUAUUGCAAUGAGUGUAUCAAGAGAUGGUAUUCAGAAAGAACAAUAGAGGAAGUUAGAGCUGCUUGUCCAUUCUGUAUGAAGAAUUGCAAUUGCAGAAGUUGUUUGCGGUUGCCUUUGGUUGUCAAGCCUCGAAGUGAAAAAGAAACAAAUGUCAUGUUUAAGCAGUUGCAGUAUCUAUUAGUUAAAGUUCUCCCAAUUCUUAAGGAUAUUUAUAUGGAGCAGAACCGUGAACUUGAGAUUGAAGCAACUAUUAGAGGACUCCCUGUGACAGAAGCUGAUAUUAAUAGGUGCAAACUUGACCCAAGUGAACGCAUAUACUGUGAUCUCUGCCGCACAUCCAUUGCCAAUUUUUACAGAAGCUGUCCGAACCCAGAUUGUUCAGUCGAUAUAUGUCUUUCUUGCUGCAAGGAACUGAGUGAGGGAUUCCAUCAAGAGAGAGAUGGGAACAAAAAUGCAGAAGGGAAAGGAUAUGAAUGGCGAAUCCAAGCAGGUCAAGGAAAAGAUUCGGAAGCCUAUGUUCCACUGCAUUUCUCUACUUGGAAGCUUAAUUCAGACAGUAGCAUUCCAUGCCCUCCAAAAGAGUGUGGUGGUUGUGGUACUUCAACACUGGAGUUGAGACGCUUAUGGAAAAAAGAUUGGGUUGAAAAACUAAUAACGAAUGCCGAGGAAUGUACUCUGCAUUUUAGGCCAUCAGAUGUGGAUAUUGCUCAUGAAUGUUCCUCAUGCACUACCAGUUCUGAUUCCAUUAGAAGACAGGCAGCGUUUAGAAAGAAUGCUCAUGAUAAUUUCUUAUACUCCCCAAAUGCUGUUGAUCUGGCUGAAGACGAUAUUGCUCAUUUUCAGUCGCAUUGGAUGAGGGCAGAACCUGUGAUAGUUAGAAAUGUUCUCGAGAAGACAUCUGGACUAAGUUGGGAACCAAUGGUUAUGUGGAGGGCUUGUAGGGAAAUGGAUCCAAAGCUUAAAUGUAACGAAGAAGAGACGAAAAAAGUCAAAGCUUUGGAUUGCUUGGACUGGUGUGAGGUUGAAAUAAAUAUUCAUCAGUUUUUUGACGGCUACUUAGAAGGCCGCAUGCAUAAAAACGGUUGGCCAGAAAUGUUGAAAUUGAAGGAUUGGCCUCCAUCAACUUUAUUUGAAAAGCGCCUUCCAAGGCAUAAUGCUGAGUUUAUUGCUGCACUGCCUUUCUUUGAUUACACUGACCCAAAGUCUGGUAUCCUAAAUCUCGCAACAAGACUUCCAGAAAAAUCCUUGAAGCCAGAUCUUGGACCCAAGACAUACAUUGCGUACGGUUUCCAUGAAGAGCUUAGUAGAGGAGAUUCGGUGACAAAACUACAUUGUGAUAUUUCUGACGCGGUCAAUGUGUUGACACACACAGCUAAAGUGGAAAUCCCUCCCGCCAAAUACCAAAACAUAAAAGUACAUCAGAAAAAUAAUGCAGAAGCGAUGUUGCAAAAACAACAAUACAGUGGUCAAGUGACAGAAGCCAGCGAACUUGAAAACAAGUCACUGAAAGAAGUGGAUGAAGAUAAACAGGAUUUAAAGGACAAGACAGCUAACGAAGAACAAUCAAAUAACAGUUCAAGACCGGGCUCACAAGAAGUUGAGAAAGUGAUUAGUUCAAAAGGUGACUGUACGAACAUUGAAAGAGCUGAUCCUAUGGAAGGGUCUUCUGGUUCACCAUCUUGCUUUACUGCUAUGGAACUAGAUCAUGACAUCUGUGUAAAGGCAGAGAGAUUAUCUCCAAAAUACCAAAGAGAAGAUGAUCCCUCAGUGGAGAAUGGACUAAUGAUGCCAACACUUCUUGCAACUCCCCCGUGUGAUACAGAGGAUAAUCCCACACAACCUGCUGUGAGUAUAAUUGUGGAAUCCAUACAAGAGCAGAAGCUGGAUGUUCAAAAGAAAACAGAUGGCAAUGCCAAUGAGAGGUCAAAGGCUGUGCAUGGUGGUGCUGUCUGGGAUAUCUUUCGAAGAGAGGAUGUUCCAAAACUUAUUCAGUUUUUGAAAAGGCACAAGCAUGAGUUUCGUCACAUCAAUAACGAACCCGUGAAAUCCGUUAUUCACCCAAUUCAUGACCAGACUAUGUUCUUGAGUGAAAGCCAGAAGAAACAGCUGAAGGAGGAAUUUGAUAUAGAACCAUGGACCUUUGAGCAACACCUCGGCGAAGCUGUUUUCAUACCUGCAGGUUGUCCUCACCAAGUGAGGAAUAGACAGUCUUGCAUAAAGGUGGCACUAGACUUUGUGGCUCCUGAAAGCGUUGAAGAAUGCCUUAGGCUAACACAGGAGUUCCGGAGAUUACCUAAAGACCACAGAUCUAGCGAAGAUAAAUUGGAGCUUAAGAAAAUAGCGCUUUAUGCUGCGAGCUCAGCCAUAAGAGAGUUAAAUGAGCUAAUGCAAAACUCCACGACGCAGUGAUGCCUAACAAAUGACAAGGAAAAAUUCCCACGUUUUUUGGAUCCGUAAACUAUUCCUACUCAUUUGACUUGUUGUACCAUCAAAAGUAAGAUUCUUCCUCUACUUUAAAAUAGAAGAGUUGAGGAGAAUGUAAGAUAAGUUAAUAAACACGGGUUGUGUAGGCUUUGCUUGCCACGUAUGGUACACGCAUAAGCUAUAACUACAGAGUUGUAGAAUCAUGUAAAAGAAUCGGUUAACUUCAAGUUUUAAUCAACAUGUUGCUUUACAUA